GCACCAUUUAGUAGGUGAGAAGGGUAUAAAUGGUGUCUGGGUCCCUGAUUAACUUUGCUUAAAGAAUGUGAAGGCAAUUACCUGGAUGGACAUUGCAGGUGGAACUGCAGGAGACGAUGAUGUGUGGGCACUGCUGUGGUUAAACUGGAGAGUUGGACUCAAUUUGACAAAGAAAGAUUCCAUAAGGCAGCUUCCUUUACGAUCUCUCUUCGUACGGUGGACAACAUCACGGUUAUGAUUACGCUGAGACCCGGUGUUUCACGAAGCUGUGAAAUUCGUGUUAAAAAUGUCAUCAGGACUGAACUCAAGAUAAAGCCUGGGGAGAACAUUACUUUUACCUUCACUUGUAGUAAUCCAGAGAAGUAUUUCAUCAUGGAAAUUCAGAAAAAUAUUGACUGUAUGUCGGGUCCGUGUCCUUUUGGAGAUGUCCAUCUCUACCCACCGGGGCUGCCUCGCCUUAACAGGACUUUCAUCUGGGAUGUGAAGGCGAGUACAAAGGCUGGACUUGAACUGAAAUUUUCUACACCGUGGCUAAGACAAAUCAAACCAGGAGAGAUGUGCCCAGAUUCCAUUAGCUACAACAUCAACAGCUGUAUUGAUAUGGCCACAGUCAACAUUGGCACCUUCUGCAGGAAUGGCUCAGUGUCUCGCAUCAAGCUACUGGGAGGAGGCAUCAUGUCUCUGUACCUCCCGUGGGACUCGCCUCUCACCACCGCAGGCUUCAACAUAACUAACAGGGCUUCCAUAAAACGGUUAUGCAUUAUUGAAUCCGUUUUGAAUGAGGAGUCUUCAAUCACCCUGAUGUCCCCAAAUUAUCCGCUGGGCUUUCCAGAAGAUGAGCUUAUGACAUGGAAGUUUGUGAUUCCCUCCAACAUGAGAGCAAGUGUGUUAUUCCACAACUACAGCCUCUCCAACUGUGAAAGGAAAGAGGAGAGGGUAGAGUACUACCUCCCCGGUUCCCUCAGCAACCCAGAGGUGUUCAAGCUGAGCGACAGCCAGCCUGCCAAUAUUGCUGGCAGUUUCAACCUGUCCCUUCAGGGCUGCGAUCAGGAUGCCCAGAACCCAGGCAUCCUCCGCUUGCUCUUCCAAGUAAUUGUUCAACACCCGCAAGUUGAUGAGAAUGUCACCCAUUUGGUCGACCUGAGCAAGGAAAGGAAUAUGACUGUAACGAUACACUUUGAAGGGUGGCCCAGCCAUGUCCCGCUUAUGUCUGAACCUGUGUGCCUGAUCUGUAAGGAUCGUCGCACCUGUGAUCGUGUCUUGACUUUAGUGUCUGGCACCGUCUACAAGAUCUCCUUUCUGUGCAAGGACUUGUCCCGUCUGAGGAUCACAGCUGAAAAAAGCAUAAGCUGUGUCGAUUUUCGGUGGUGUCAGAAGAAGAUCUAUUCCCUUUCAGUGCCCAAGGCUAUUACCCAAUUGCCAAUUCAACUGCAUAAGUUCAUUUGGAGGCUCUUGGCUUCCGAUCUGAUCAACACAGAAAUUACAUCUCCGUCCUUGAAACUUCAGCAACACGUCCCAGAGCAGAGGUGCAACACAAGCUACAGUUACAGUAUUGUUAGUGCCUCCCCAGAGACAGAGUUGAAUAUCGGUAUAUUCUGUCCUGGUGGAUCCAUUGAAAAGAUUCAGAUGCGGAAUAAUAUCACCAUAUCCUUAAAAACAUUUGGUAAAGGAUUCCUCAAUGAGUCUAACCAUCAGGAUCUGAAAAUGUCUUUUGUGCCACAUAUUAAAGAUGAGUGCACUUUCACCGUGAGUCCAAAUCCAAAAGCUAAGGUUUACUUGCAGACUCCCAACUCACCAUACGGUCUACCUCCUUAUGUCUCCAUAUCCUGGCAUGUCAUCAUGCCCAGCAAGCAAGUUGCCCGCCUAGGGUUCUCCAAGGACCGCAUGGGCAUCUCUUGCGAGACGGGCCGUGCCUAUGUCAACAUAAAGGAAGAGACAUCGGGGGCAGAGGAAACUGUGCGCCGUGAGGAUGAGCUUCUGCCCAAGCCCCGAAAUAUGUAUCACAACUUCUGGGUAAACAUUUCCAACUGUAAACCUGUGGAUAAGACACAGCUGACCUUGCAGUUCUGGGUGGCUCUUGCUGACAGGCAGAUAGACCUAGGAGUGAUAAUUGCUGUGGUGGCUGGAACUGGAAUUCUUGUGGCUAUUGGACUCGCUGUGUGCUGUGUUAAGAAGAAGAAGAAAAACCAGAAUCCCAUGGUGGGAGUGUACAAUGCUAAUGUGAACACCCAGAUGCCUGGAAAAGAAGGCUUAUUCACAAAAGGGAGGAAGAAAAAUGAGUCUCAUGUCUAUGCGGUUAUUGAUGAUGCUAUGGUCUAUGGGCACUUGCUGAAGGAAUCCAAUGGCUCAGUUUCUCCAGAAGUUGAUGUGUACAGGCCUUUCGAUGGACCCAUUGGUAGCUUGCCACCUUCUCCACCUCCAUUCUCCUUCAGAAAAGACAUUAAACACUCUCCUAACACCGAGGAGCCUUCACAUCUGACAGACACGGACCAUGACACUUACACAUUUGCUCAUCAGAAAUCAGAGCAGUUGGAGGAUAAUAAUGAUACAAAUGAAAAGAAUAAUGGCGAUACACCCCUGCUGGAAAAUAAGGAACAGGAUGGUUCAGUGGAGUGAUUUUACGCCAGGUAUAGCAGUUUCCUGUGGAGAUACAGGUGACCUGUAAGGACAAGGGUCUAGGGAAAAAAAUUGCAGAGGUGUGUUAUUUUUAAAUGUGUUUUGAUGUUGUUUUGGUUUUUGUGUGUGUGGUUUUUUUUUAAACUUCAGCUGUUGAUAGCUUUCUAUUUUAGAGUGAACAUCUAACAAACGCAAAACCAGUCGAGACACUCCAGGACUGCGUGCGCUUCUGGUUGUGAAACAGGCGGCAAAGGUACACUCCUGCUUUUAUAAUGAAGACGUCAAGGAAACAGAUUCCUAACUGCCAGUUUAGAGUGGGGAGAGUGUGUUAUCCAGAAUGCCCUCCUCUCUCACAAGUCAUUUGUUCCUGAUUAUUUGUUGGUGACUCCUUGAAGGUGUAGGCUACCUCACCGUCUCAAGGCAGCUCCAGGUUGCACAGAUGUCUAAGCAAUCUGCUAAUGUCUGAGCAAGGGAGGGGAUACUGCCCUUUCUACCACUUGCUGCUUGAAAGUUCAUCGUAUUUAGCUAUAUAAGUGGCUAUAUGUGGUGGCUAUGUAAGUGUAGUUAAAGACCAUGUAUGCCACCUGGAAGAGCUCCAUGUGUGUAAAUCAGCAUGAAUGCUUGAGCUUGGGCUCUUCUAGUUUGGAAGUUUUCUGUAAUUUCCAACCGAUGCUAUAAUACUUGAAUAGCACUGUGUGACCCUACACCAAAGACUGUAUUUUCUUUUGCUUUUUUACAAAACCAGUUUCAAAAAUCUAAACCAAUUUGUGCUUCCGUUCAGGUGCCUGUAGCAUUCACAUUUUACUAAUAAUACCUUGCACUUUUGGUUCAAGUAAGAGUAAGGAUUCAGUGAAGAAAUAAUAAUGCAGUCAUCCAGCUGUUUAGUAAUGCAUUUCACUUAACCUGUUAGAGAUGCUUGGUUAUUUAAUAAGGAUCAGAAGAAAGGAGUAGAGAAAAUACAUUACUUCUAGCAGGUGGUUUCUUUGAAAUGCAAAGUAUGAAAGUGAAUCCAUAAGGAAAGCCUGGAUCUUUUUUUAAUCAAUCUGAAGUUGACAACCAUGUUGAAAUGCUCAUGGCAACAGCUCUUGAUUUCUAGCAGGACUUACACUUCAGUCAUCUAGCUGCCUUUGACAGCCACCUCUCAAAAUCAGGUAAAUAAUAGGUCUCAGUUUUAACUGCUGUAGUUAGCAUGCCCCUCAGUUUCUGUGCUUUUUAGAACUUGAGGGUCAGAUCUUCAUGCAGAGGACUACGGGUAUAUGAAUAAAUAUACACACAUCUGGCUUGUCCAGGUGUGCAUUACUGAGGAUGUUUGCAAUAUUGCAUGCAGCACUAGACCCAACAACUUGAGAAUUUCUCUCCAAGUGUCUUGUCUUAUGACUGUUCCUUGCCUCAGAGUACACAAAGGUGCCAUAAAACUUUUAGAUGGUGUUGCAUGCAAUAAUCUUAAACAUAUAAUAAUGCCUAAAAUGAAAAUGGCUUUACUAGAAACCUUACUGUUUACAUCAAAAAAGAAUGUGGAUUUUUUCCUGUGUUAACUAUGCUGGCAUUGCAAAUUGACUAUUUAUAUACGGUAAAGUGUGUGUAUUUAACAGUGUAUACCCUUAUACUGCUUGGACCACUAUAAGAUCCAGUACGAUAUCAUAUCUGACUCAGUUUUCUGUAGCAUAUAGCAAAACAUGUGCCUUUUAAUUGUUUCAGGUAUCUUCCUGCUUGUUUAUCACUUUUAAUAUAGAAAUGUGUAUUCCUAGAUCUCUGGCUAGUCAUUGGGAUCACAUAUUUCAAAAGGUACUGGGUCAUUUUAAUGUCAUUUGAGAACUUAAAAAGAUUUCUGCAAUACUGGUAUCUGUUUUUCUCAGGUAACUUAAUUGCCACAAUACAUUUUUAUCAGUAGUCCAGCUGUGCAUUCAUCUGGUCUAUGUUUCCUACUUCUCCUUUACUGAAAGGGAAUGAGAAGUCUGUAAGAGAAAUUCAAGGUUCUCUCAUCCCUCUAGCUCUGUUUCUGCAGUUGCUUAGAUGAAAUUGUGUAGUUCAUGUUCUUUCUAACCAACUGAGGAAAAUGUAAUGGAGGUCAGUCUUUUGUUCACAACCUCCUGAUCUUUGAAGGAAGAAUGUGAUGCUUGUUGACUGCUGGUUUUAUUCUAUUUUAACUCAGCUUUUGGUAUGGCAAUAUAAACCUUAGUUUACAGUUGUUUCCAGUCUAAGGUUGACUUCCACUGUGCUUACUGUGGUAUAUUUAGCGUAAGAGUUCAAGCACAAAUUCCAGUUUGCUUUUCAUUAUGAGAAAGUUGUGAUAAUUUUUUUAAAAAAAUAAAAUAUAACGAUACUACCA